AUGGGACAACAGUUUGUGGUGAAGCAAAGCCGAAGGGGAAGGAAAGAUGUAGGGAACUGGUCCAGUCGACGUGGACAUCGCUCGACCCAUCUUCAGUGUAACUUCUCCUCCAUCUCUCGUCCCGCGACCGCCUCUCCCUCCCCUUGCAGUUGCUAUAAACACCCCGGACAGUGCCACGUGCACUAAGACCUCUGUCGUGGCUCCGCCAGAUGCUGGCCACAAAAGUCCAAUACGUCAAGAUCCCCGAACUUAA